UAACAAACCACCCACUUGUAUUGUAGCCUGCCGUCGGGGAGUCACGAGAAGUUUAGCGUUAGCGAAGCUCCACGAAAAUGACACAGAGGUGAGUGGAGAUGACACAGACGAACCUAACGAAAACGACUUCGCCGGAGGCUUUCUGGUUAAGGAACGGACGCUUACUUGUGUGAGCUUCGGCGUCCUACUUUGUCAGCCCACCUGCGCUCCGGGUGGCUCGCCUCGCAGAGGAAACCACUGUGGCGGCUAGCGAAGGCGGUGCUAACCACCGCAGCUAGCGAGCUAACUAGCUCACUUCGCCCGACUGAAGUGAACAAGUCGCGGCGUGUGAUGCUAACGACGCCGCGGCUACUUUUGGAGGGCUACUGAAUUGGAUAUAUUCCCGGGAGGGAUUCUUCGCCCCCCGCCCGCCCGCCCGCCCGCCCUGGAGUUUUGGUGCCAGACACAUUGUUGUGCCUCUCCCCCUGAUCUCUCCUGAUUGUUGGCGGAGCGUCCUGACUGCACACCGCGUCCAUGCAUGCUAGCAACCGCUGCGGCCAGCUAGGGUGAUGUGUCACAUUAGUUAGCCAACAAACAGACCGCAGCUUUUGUUUUUUAUCAUUCGUGAGUGGAUGCUAUCACCGGUACGAGCUUUAGGGGACCGACGGAGUAGUAUCAUCCCACCGUGAUGCCUGUUUAAUGACUGUAUUUUCAUGUCGUAUCACCCGACAUCUAGCUGUCCCUCCAGAAGAACCAGACGCGGAGCAUGCAGGAGAAGAAAAGAGUUCAGAUAAGUAGAUAGGGGACGUCGGAACACAACCGAGUUAAAUUGGACUGUGUGGUUAAUUUACAACCAAACAGAGAUUGCAAUUUGGUGGCCGGGACUCACAGAGAAAGUUUAAGGAUGAAGAAGUUUUCCAGAAUGCCUAAAUCCGAGAGCGGCGGGCUUGGAGGGGCGUCCGGGUCCGGCUCCAGCUCCGGAGUCAGCAGCUACUUCGGGAAAGUGUUUGCAGUCGGCCGGUAUCAAGUCACCGUGGAGGAGCUUGUUGCAGAGGGAGGCUUCUCAGUGGUGUUUCUGGCUCGUACGCACAGUGGUGUCCGCUGCGCUCUCAAAAGGAUGUACGUGAACAACGUCCCGGACCUAAAUGUCUACAAGAGAGAGAUCACUAUCAUGAAGGAGCUGUCAGGCCAUAAGAACAUUGUCGGCUACCUGGACUCCACAAUCAAUGCCGUGUCGGACAGUGUCUGGGAGGUCCUCAUCCUCAUGGAAUACUGUAAAGCGGGUCAAGUGGUGAAGCAGAUGAACCAGCGGUUGAAUGUGGGCUUCAGUGAGGCCGAGGUCCUCCACAUCUUCUGCGAUGCCUGUGAGGCCGUGGCCCGCCUGCACCAAUGCAAGACACCCAUAAUCCACAGGGACCUCAAGGUUGAAAACAUCCUGCUAAACGACCAGGGAAAUUAUGUGCUAUGUGACUUUGGCAGUGCUACUCACAAGGUUUUGCUGCCACAUAAAGAUGGAGUGACCGCUGUGGAGGAUGAGAUUAAGAAGUACACGACCCUUUCAUAUCGCUCGCCGGAGAUGAUUAACUUGUACGCAGGGAAAGCCAUCACCACUAAGGCUGAUAUAUGGGCACUUGGAUGCUUGUUGUACAAGCUGUGUUUCUUCGCACUUCCAUUUGGGGAGAGUCAAGUUGCCAUAUGUGAUGGAACCUUUAUCGUUCCAGAUAACUCUAAAUUCUCCUUCAAGUUGCACUGUUUAAUCAGAUAUAUGCUCGAACCAGACCAGGAGAAGAGACCAGACAUUUAUCAAGUGUCCUACUUUGCCUUCAAAUUAGCUGGAAAAGACUGUCCAGUGCCAAAUCUCUUUAACUCUCCCAUCCCUACGUCGCUCCCAGAGCCUCUAACAGCUAGUGAGGUCGCUGCUAAGAAAAGUAUGACGAAAGCCAGGAUAACAGACUCAGUGGGCCCAACGGAAACAUCAAUAGCUCCCAGACAGAGGCCAAAAGCAGCAAACAGUAACGUCCUGCCCCUUGCCAACACUGUCACCCCUGUCAAGAUGACUGUGCCAUCAGCACCUGUCAGCAACGGCCAGAAAGCUCCGACCCCCGGCUCUGGGCAGCCAUCCAUGCAGCCCCAGCCAAACAGUCAGCAGCAUCGAGUCCUGCAGCAGUUACAGCCUGGUGACUUGCGUUUACAGCAGCUACAACAGCAACAACAUCACCACCAACAACAACAAGCAGUACAGCAACAACAUCUAAGUGCACAGCAACUCCAAUACCUCCAGUACCAACAGGCUGUGCAGCAGUCCAUCCAGCUUCAGCAGCAGCAGCAGGCGGCGGCCCUUCUACAGCAGCAGCAGAUGAUGAUGCAGCCGAUGUACCAGCAGCAGGUUGCCCAGGCUCAGUACGCAGCCAUGCUGCAUCAGUACCAACAAGCUUUUGUCCAGCAGCAACAGCGUCAACAACAACAACAACAGCAACAACAGCAGCAGCAGCAGCAGCAACAGCAGCAACAGCAGCAGCAGCAACAUCAUCCCGCUCAGCAGCCUCUUCCCUAUAUGUCCUCCCCUCUUGAGUUCCAGAUUCCUCCGGGUUCCUUUAAAGUGACUACGCCCACUGCUGGAACUGGCCACAUGGGGGGGCCAUCACCUGUGGAACUCUCACACACUAACCCAAGUAGAAACCCUCUACUUGCUUCAGAUGGGAUCACGCCACCCUCUCAGAGUUGCAACAGUACAGUCAGUAACCCCCCUGACAUGUCGGGCUGGAACCCUUUCGGAGAGGACAACUUCUCCAAGUUGACAGAGGAGGAGCUGCUUGACCGGGAGUUUGACAUGCUCAGAGCAAAGAAGCCAGUGGAUAGAACAGCCAGCGUGGAAAUGGACCGACCGCAGCCUGCUGCCGCCACUGCCAAACCCCUCCCACCAGAGGACCUGUUCGGCUCAGUCCCGUUUUUGGCCAGCGCAGGUGCCAGUGUUCUUCAGACUGAGCAGACCAAUGAGGAAGUCAGCGUUCCUGCUCCCAUCUCAACCACUCCAGAGGCUCUGCAGCUGGUGGCGGUCAAGGAGCACAAACCAGGCAAAAAAAGCAAUUGCAGACCAGGUGAAGAGUCUGACAGCGACUUUGAGUCGGAUCCUCCUUCGCCAAAAAGCAGUGAGGACGAAGAGCCAGAGGAAGAAGAAGGCCUGAACAGUGAACAGGGUGAAGACACUGAGCCGGAGAAUUUAGGACAGAGGCCUCUGCUGAUGGACUCUGAAGAAGAGGGAGAGGAGGAUGAAGACAAGCACAGCUCUGACUCAGACUACGAUCCCAGCAGGGUCAAGAAUCGCUCAAAGAAAGCUCUGGCUGCUAAAGCAGCUUCGACCAUCACCAGGAGGAGUCCUCGGAAAGACAUGACUCUGAUCACCCCUCCUGAGUCGCCCAGUGGAGCAAGACCUGCUGCACCUGUGGAUGUUUUUGGUUCUGUUCCUUUCCUUGGAGGAGCCUCCCCGGUUGGCCCACAAGAAAGCUCGGACAUCUUUGCCAAAGCGCCUUUCAGGCAAGUCAGCCAUGAACAGAAAACUGCAGACGAAUUUGAUGUUUUUACCAAAGCACCAUUCAACCGGAACCUCUCCAAGUCGGGCAAGAGUGGCACUGAUGUUCCCAUGGGCCAAACGCCACCCAUUUCCCCUGAGGGCAUUGACAUUUUUGGCUUCUCUCCCUUCCAGCCGGGACCCACUGAACCGCCACCCACCACUUCCCGAAGUGCAGAAGAUAUCUUCCGUACUUCUUUCGAGGAGUCAGCCAGCCCUCAGCAACAGAGGCUGAAGCAGCGCAGCCUCCAGAAGCUGUCGUCACGCCAGAGAAAAACCAAGCAGGAGGCCUCAGCAGGCGGCAGCAACGGCAAACGCCAUCAUGGUACGCCAACUGGAGGCCGGAAGACCAACAAGCCAACUUACCGCACGCCUGAGCGAGUCCGAAGACACAAAAAGGUUGGUCGGAGAGACUCACAGAGCAGCAACGAGUUUCUUAGCACCUCUGAUUCUAAAGAGAACAUCAGUGUUGAUAUAACCAUGGCUGAAGGGAAAGACAAAGGAGCUUCUCUGCCGGUAGAUGAGGCCAUUUUAGACCCAUUUGGAGCUAAACCUUUCCAUCCUCAGGACGGUAGCAGGCACAGCCAGUACCAAGGACUCACUGACAACAAGAGUGACAUGGGCACAGCCAAUGGGAAGUCCUGGAUGGGUGCUCUUGGAGAAAGUAGAAUCAUGGAUGAUUUUGGGGCGGUGCCAUUAGAAAUGGUUGUCCACAGUGGGCAGCAGCAGCCGCCUCCACCACCCUCACAGCCCGGGGAGCUCGACCCAUUCGGAGCUGCACCUUUUCCCUCGAAGCAGUGACUUUUCUUGCAUCUUCCCACUCUGCCAGUUGCUGUUAAAUGACCCCUGAGCUUAUUUUUGGCUCUGGAACAUCUUCAACCAAUCAUGAAACGACAAGUUAACAAUGUCCUAACUCUUCUUCUUCUUCUUCUUCUUUUUUUUAAACAUUUGAAUACAUCUCUGUUUCAAUAACAUAAACCUUAAUCCUGUGGAGUGUGAGUGAUGUUUCCACAUAUCUUUCAGCUGUUCCUGUUUGCUGAGAAGCCUUUAAUGCUGCAUCUUAACACUUUUAAAGACAUUUGAACCGGGAGAAAUGGAAAACCCCCUCGAAAAUCGUACUGUGAUUACAAGCUUAAAGUUUGACUGCAAGAAGCUCUAUGGCCUGCCUUCUGAUCUACCAAUAUGUUUUUGUUUUUUUUAAGCACCACAAAGCCUUACCUGAGCUGGGCUCUGCCUUGCUGCACAGUACCUCGAAAACCACGACACAGUCGGCCUGCAUUGGCCUUUGGUCAGUGGAAUCGUUUGAGAGUUGAACUGAACCACUUUGUUUUGUCCUUAUUAGACCUUUCUCUAUGCAUAAUUUCACAGUAGUCUUUAUGCAUCCAAAUGCGGCUGUCAUUUGUGUUGCGAUACACAUUGAAUACUAGAAGGGAUCGAAUUUUAUUGUAUUUCCAUAAAAAGUUGGAUUUGUUAAUUGGGUCAGGUUUAAAUUUAGGCUCAUGUUUUUUUUUUUUUUUUUUCCUAGCAGUUAACUUCUAUGUAAGUACUGUUAAUGUUUUUUAUUAAGUUACAACUCAACACAUUCUUUUAGAAAUAAGGAGGAAAUAAAACACAAAGCCACAUUUGAUCACCAGUCUAGAACUUUACCCCUGCAGUAACUGGCAAGCUACUUUCUCAGCAAUGUACAUGCUCCUAACAUAAGAUGUCAUAACAUUUUCAGAAUAAUUUAUUGUACCAUCUAUUAAAGGAUAAGGCUGAUGAUAUGAUGGUAUUCCAUGUAUUUUGUUAUUGUCAACAAAUACUAUCCCAAUCUCACAAAAUGUGUUGGUCUGUCUCAAUACCCUACAGAGGAUGUUUUGUGAAGUUUCUUGCUGAGAGAUAAGUUUAGAAGACUGCCAGCUUAGCUUAGCAUAAGGAUGAAGAAAUGGCCAGCCUGGCUGUGUCCAGUAAAGCUCACUUGAUGUCACAGUGACAAGACUGCUGUGCCCAAAUGAGAAAUAGUUGGACGCUCCAUCCAGGUUUUGUUAGCUCAACCAUUGACAGGUAUCAGUGUUCUUUGUGGGGGACCGAAUGCAACAGUGUGGCUUAGUGAUGUAUUAAUAGGAUUUGAACUAUGGAGCUCUAUGGCACAGAGGAAUGAGGCUUUGAUUCAGACUCACUACUUGUCAAGACCAAAACCAACAACAGUUAUUUGUUGACAAUAACACUACGGAAUAUCAGUUAUCCUUUGACACAGGUCUUUCCACUGCAGAAUGUGACUUGGCGUAUUCAUAAAGGGAAAAACCAUUCAAGACGGAUGGAGAAAUCUGUGAUAUGAAAUCAGGUCACUUGUCUUCAUGAAUGCACUUUGCAGCGCUGAAUUCUUCCAUGAACUAGUUCUCUGCCUGCCUUAAGCACUGCAUUUACCAACACAACCAUUGGCACAUUUGUUUGACUUUAAACUGCAGGUUACUGUGUUUUCACCAGUGGAACCAUUUGAUACAACUACUUUCCAUCUUUUUUUUUUUUCACAAGGGUAAAUCUUACUGUAUUUAUCAUGCUAUACUGCUGUUUGAUGCAAUAAAAAAGUCAUCUCAGUGCA